CCCAGGCUGUGCUGAGGCAAGGGACGGCGGUUGCCGUUGGGCUGUUCAGGAAGGACGCUAACGUUUUCACCCAGGGUUCUUGGAGAGGUUGCCCUGGACCUCGGGUGUCCGCCAAGUGCUCGCGCUGACUCCGGGUCGCACCCUCGAGUCCCGGCAGAAAAUAAAAUAAGUAUUAACAUGGAAGAUAGUUUCAACACCAGGUCAUCAUCAUCUACCUUCAUUCUUCAGAGUUCUUCAGAGACAAUGGCUUCUAUUCAGCUCCUGGAUUUCAGAACAAGUUUACUUGAAGCACUAGAAGAGCUGCGUAUGAGAAGGGAAGCAGAGACUCAAUAUGAAGAGCAGAUUGCUAAAAUUAUUACAGAGACACAAGAACUGAAAUGGCAAAAGGAGACUCUUCAGAAUCAAAAGGAGGCAUUAAUAAAGGAGCAUAAAGAAGCAAUGGGAGUUUUUAAGAACCAGCUGCAAAUGAAGAUGUAUGCCUUGGAAGAAGAAAAGGGAAAAUACAAACUUGCUUCAGAAAUCAAAGAAAAAGAAAUUGAAGGAUUGAAGGAAACAUUAAAAACAUUGCAGGUUUCUCAAUAUUCUUUACAGAAGAAAAUAAGCGAAAUGGAACAAAAGGCCCAUUUACACCAUCUAGCUAAAGAAGAUUAUCACAAGCAACUGAAUGAAAUUGAAAAAUACUAUGUUGCAAUAACAAAUCAGUUUGGAGUGGUGAGAGAGAAUCAUGUCAAGUUAGAACAAAAUGUACAAGAAGCAAUACAGUUAAACAAAAGACUUUCCAACCUAAAUGAAAAACAAGAAUCUGAAAUAGACAGUUUAAAGAAGGAACUAAAAAAAGUAGCUUCAGAGUUGAUUAAGUCCAAGGUCAUAUGCCAGCAUAAGAUGGAAGAAGAAAGUAUCAAUCUGAUAAUUAAAGAACAAAAAUAUGAAGAGCUUCAAGAAAGACUCGACAUGGAAUUGGAAUUAAAUAAGAAAAUUAAUGAAGAGAUUACCCAUAUUCAAGAAGAAAAACAGGAUAUCAUCAUUUCUUUUCAACACAUGCAGCAAUUACUUCAGCAACAAACUCAAGCUAAUACUGAAAUCAAUGCGGAAUUGAAGGUGCUAAAAGGAAAUAAUCAGACCCUUGAAAGAGAUAAUGAGGUGCAAAGGGAGAAGGUAAAAGAAAAUGAAGAAAAGUUCCUUGAUCUUCAGAACGAGCAUGAAAAAGCACUAGGGACUUGGAAGAGACGUGUUGAAGAACUUACUGGAGAAAUUAAUGAGGUUAAAAGUGAGUUGUCAUUACUUAAGGAAACUCAUGUUAAAUUGCAAGAACAUUACAAGAAAUUAUAUGAUCAGAAGAAAAAUGAAGAAUGCAAGAAGUUUCAGAAUGUUCCAGAACUAAAUAAUGAAAAUAGUGACAAACUAUCCAGUAAGAAACCAGAAGACACUAGCACACAAAAAUACAAUCCUGGUCAAGAAAUAUGGGGGAAAAAUACAAAGAGUUUUUGUUCAGAUCCUGAUUACUACAGAGAAAAGGGAAAAAUGGAAGACCUGCCUGUAGAAGAAGCCGCAGAAGAUUUACAGCCUUUUGAAAUUAGUGCCAAAAGCAAAACUACUACUGUGGUAUCUCAAGAUGGACACCAAAGUGGAAUGUCCCCAAGCAAAGGGCUUUGCCUAGAUAAAGAUGUAACUGAUCAAGAACAAACCUUGACUGUUAUUGACUGUAGAAAAUCAGUUACUCUAGAAGUAAAAGACAAGGUGUGCUUGGAGAAAGACAAUGGAUGUUCAGAAUUUAAAUCCCUGGACAAUUCCUUUUUAGUAGUAGAUGAAUCACUAGAAACAGAGAAGAUAUGCCUAGAAGGAAUUGAUGGAUUAGGCCUUCUCCACAGUGGUGUAGAUGUCCCUCUGGAGACGCGAAGUAACAAAGCACCCCUUAAUGGCAUUUCAAAUGAGAUGGCCCACAAAAGAAACUGUAACACAGAUGUUUCUGAAAGCAAGCCAUUCAAACAGCAAUUCAAAUUGCUUCCGGCAGAUCUGGAAAAUGCUACAGAGAAGGAAAUUACAAAUCAUGACCAAACCAAAGCAGGAUUAGAUUCAUUUCUAGAUAUAAAACUAAAUCUUGAUCAGCGUAAGAAACAUGGCUCACAGGAUUCAAGUAGUGUUAUGUUAGAUGAUAAGUACCAAAAAAUAAAGCAAACCUUAGGUGGAGGGAGUGAGUGCAGCAUAGUACCCUUUUCAUGUUAUCAGCAAGCUAGCACAGCUGCCCAGAAGCCUGAAGCAACGGUUGCCUGUGCUAUGGUGAUCAGCCCGCCCUGUCCAUCCACUCUCUCUGCUGACACUUUAAAAGGACUUAAGAAUUCAGAAAACAAUAUGAAUACUAUGCCAACAUUGGUGAAAUCUGCCUCAAGUCCUGAAGAAAGAGCUAUAAGAAAAACUAUGAAUAGCAUACAAGACAGUCCUAAGAACCAUUUGGGAUCUUCAGAAAGCAGUGUGACCCUCUCCAGCUUUCAGGAUAACCAAGGGGACAGUCAUGCUUCACAAGCCAAAGAUUUAAAGUCUGUAGCUCCCAUGACAACUUCCACAGAAAAACAGCUUUCCAGUGAGAAGCAGAUAACUGAAACUACAAAAAGUGGUCUCUUUUCCUUGGUGGAUGUUAAGGAAAGACAGUGCAUGUUGCUAAAUAAUAGAGAGAAAGCAGAGGCAUCACAUGACAUCCUGUCAGAAGGAACAUUCAGUGAAGGUCAGUUGGAAGAAUCACAUUUGUCUCAUGUAACACCAUCUGCAGAUUCAGUAAACACAAGUGCAAGGUCGGCCUUUGAACUUCCCACUUCAGAUAAAAAACUCAAGAAAAGUCCAGGAUAUAUGAAGUUUGUAGCCCCGAGUUCUUGGUCAAAAAUAAAUCCAAUUAAAACAGUGGUUACUUCACCUUCCAGCUUUCCUUUGUUGCUGAAGGAGAGACCAGUAGGUCCAGAAAGCAAAGUGAUUACUCAAGUGACUUUUUGUGAAAAUGUUGGUCUGGAUGACACCAGAAAAAAAAUUGAGCCAGAUCCUACCAGCAUUAGCAGAGCUGCUGACACUGUGAGUAACUGGUGUAUCCAUCUAGGCCCCACGGGACAGCCCAGUGAAGAGAGGAAUGCAACCGCAAAGACGUUUUAUGAUUCUCCUUUUCCCACAGAACAUGUGAAAGCAGAGCCUCGGAUUUCAACUGUGCAACAAAGGCAUUCCCAGGCAAAGGAGGUUACAGACACUCUUGAUCUACUUGCCCUUUCUCCUGGAAACACUGACUGGCAGAGCCUUAUGAUAAACCGACUAACUGAAAUCGAAAAGUUACUAAGCUUAGAAAAUGACAACCAGCCCAAAAAAAGAAAAGCAGAAGAAAUGCUGGAAAAAAUAAGCGACUAAAUGUUGAUCAAUGCAUUCAGUAAUCAAACUGGUGUGCUCGCGUGAAAGAUUGUUCAUGUACAUUUCACAGCUAGCUUCUCCUAGUGUUACGAAGACCCACCCCAUCAUGUAUCUGCAGAGCUUGCUAUUAGCAUCCAGGCCCUUUUAAAUUUUAUCUCCCUUAUAUAUUCCCUUCAAAGUACUGUUUGUUAAGUUCCUUUCUUUACAGGAAAAUAUUAUGAUUUAAGACAAACUGGCCCCUUUUAAACACUGUUUUCUAGAGUUUGUGAUAUUCCUUAAAACUGAGAAAAUAAAUAGCCAGACUAGUCAAAUUUUAGUUGAUAAUGUUUUACUAUGACGUAGAACAUUUUUUCCUCAAAGAAUGAACAAAAUUAUUUGCAUAAAAAUUCAGGUAUCUGAAAGACUCAACAGGCUAUUUUUCACUUUGUUCAGGUUCUGUUUCCAGGCGUUCAGAGUGUCGUACAGCUGUUGCCAUUGCUGUUUCCCGAACGUCCGAUGUGUGCUGUGACUACAAAUUAAGAACAAAGUAUUAGUCAAUCUUUUAACUGUUGAGAGGUCAUUCAAAACACCACACAGUUGAAUCUUUCUCAAAUCAAAAAUCAAUUAAAGUUAAAGGAGAAUUUAAGCAUUAGGUGUUUAUUUUUAGAAACUCUUUUACCAUAUUGAUCCUCAACAACUAUAAAGCAGAUACUAAGUCAUUAGUAUUCUAGCCAGUGCUUAGCCAUUAAAUGAAAUGUGCUGGAAAAUAGGACUCUUUCAUUAAAUAAGCUAAUCACAUUCAGUCUGAACCUUAAUAAAAUUAUGAUAAACAGCCACUGUUUAACUACAGCCAACUGGUAAGGACACUACCUUGGUUCUCUAAACAUUUAAGUGAAAUAAUCGGAACAAACUAAAUUGUCCUACAGAAGGAAGCAAAGUAUUAGUUCUUACCUGACAACUACUUUUCUCUGGGUCUGGUCAAUUUUGCAGUAGACCAUUUUAGUUCUUACAGCUGAAAGAGAUUUUUACAUGUUAGUUAUAUAGAUUUCUAACGAAAAACAGCUAAGGUAUGAUCAACUGGCCAGAAUAAAACUCUACAUUUGUAGAUAACAUUAUUUUAAAAAAUCAGCUCUUUGAAUCUAAUACAGAAAAUGUAACCAGGAGGAAGGCUAUGUGGUGUCUGAUGAAUGCUGGAGCAAACUAUUCAGUGUUAAAAUGUUUUUACUGAAAACUCUAGUUCAAAAGGCAGGUAUAGUGGCUCACACUUACAGUCUCAGCCCAUAGGAAACUGAGAUAGGAGAGUUGUCUUGAGUUUAAGGCCAGCCUGGGCCACAGUUCUGGCCCUGUCAAAACAAAGAAUUCUAUUUUGUUCUACAAUUACUCAUGGGGAGGAUUAGCUUUCAACUAAGGUAUUACUUCUUUAGAUGACUACUGGAGACUUAGAUUAUUAGAAACCAAGGCAACAGUUGUACACAUUUUUUUAACUGUACAAUCUUUCCAAUUUGCAAAAUUAAAAAGCUUGGAAAAAUA